AUGGCUCGCUUCCUGUCAAGAGAUAAAUUAGAAGGUUUCGAAAAAUACAAGUAUAAUUCGAUUGAUACAAGUAUACUAAGUAAUUAUGUGAUGCACCCUUUCUGGAACGGGUGUGUUCAGUUUUGUCCGGUAUGGGUGGCACCAAACCUUCUAACAUUCUCAGGCUUUCUACUGACAGUCCUUAACUUUUUAUUAUUCUCCUAUUACGACUAUGGAUUCCAUGCCCUUACAAAGGAGAAUAUCAACAAUGAUCAUAUACCCAGAUGGGUGUGGGCAUUAUCGGCAAUAAACUUAUUUGUGGCUUAUACACUUGAUGGAAUUGAUGGAAAACAAGCUAGGCGCACCGGCAGCAGUGGCCCACUAGGUGAACUUUUUGAUCAUGGCUUGGAUUCUUACUCCACGGUUCUUAUACCUACUUGCCUAUAUAGCAUUUUUGGAAGGGAUGAAUUAAGUCCGCUAAGAUUUUACUUCGUAUUGUGGAAUAUAUUUUUAAACUUCUAUCUAACGCAUUGGGAGAAAUAUAAUACCGGAGUCAUGUUUCUACCUUGGGGAUAUGAUUUUACAAUGAUCGGCUCGUGCAUCCUGCUGCUGGUGACGUCGGCGGUGGGCCCGCAGGCGUGGCACGCCGCGCUGCCCGGCGGCCUCACGCCCGGCGUCGUCUUCGAGUUCGUGCUCUACUUCUCGGCCAUCAUCACCAGCCAGACCGUCAUAUUGUGGAAUAUAUACCAAUCUUAUCGUAACCGGACCGGCAAGAUGCGUCCGUUGGUAGAAGCGGUGAGGCCGCUCGUACCACUCGCAAUAUUUUUCGUCCUGAGCACCAUUUGGGCCCUAUAUUCCCCUAACAACAUAAUUAACAGGGGGCCAAGGCUUUUCUACAUACUCAAUGGAACUAUAUUUUCUAAUAUAAAUUGCCGGCUGAUAGUGUCGCAGAUGAGCGACACGCGGUGCGAGGCGUUCAACGCGCUGCUGGUGCCGUACGCGCUGGCGCUGGCGCUGACGCUGGGCGCCGCGCCGCCGCCCGCCGCCGAGCUGCUGCUGCUGGCCGCGCUCACGGCGUUCGCCUCGGCCGCGCACCUCUACUACGGCACCAGAGUGGUGCAGGAAAUGUGCGAGCACUUCAAAAUCUCAUGUUUCAAAAUUAAACCAAAGAUU